CAUGCAGAGUAAAUCAUUCUCAAGCGAACCCUAUUACUCGGAUAGAUACCACGAUGAAGAAUACGAAUAUAGACACGUGAUUUGUCCAAAAGACUGGUGGUCAAGAAUACCGAAAGAGCAACUUAUGACCGAAACUGAAUGGAGAAGUUUGGGCAUUCAACAAUCUAUUGGUUGGGAACAUUAUAUGAUACAUGAACCAGGUAGACUAACUCAGUUUGUUUCGUUGUUAAAAUUAUAUGUUCUGUACAGAACCACAUAUACUAUUGUUCCGAAGAAGAAGACCUAA